CAAGCAGAAGAAAAGCCAACCGUAGUCCAGGAAAAAUGCCCUGUAGUACUACCUACAAUAACAUGCUCUUGUUACACAUUCAGCGGAUGUUCUGGGGAUCCCUAAAGCGAUGUGGCCAUUAGGAAGCACACAUCUUUCAGGGAAAGAAAUGCAAAACGCACUACAGAAAGCUGAUAACCAAAGCCUUCCAACAAUAAUAUAUCUGGCUUAAAACACACACACACACACAAUUUAUUACACUACAUCUUACCUUCAUGCAUUCUACAAACUUAUUAACCUAACAAAAUAAUGUGGGGCCAUCCGGCUAGUAUGUGACCCAAACUUGUUCAGGAAAUCACAGAAUUUUGUCACACAGUUGCCAGAAAUGGUGCCUAUUGGGCACUGGAGCUUUUUGUACACUUCUUGGACAUGCUUUCUGUAUAUGAUUAAAUACCUUAGAGAAAAUGUUGGGCAAUUGUGAAUGUUUAGAAUCUUUCUAACACUACGUGGUGGAGAAAACACAUACAGGAUGGGGAGCAAAGCAAAUGGACUCAGGAGAACAACAUCAGCAGGGUACCGGUCACCAGCUAGCAACCCGGUAGGGGAUUUAACCUCAUCUUCAUCUCCUUCACUGAACAGCAGCCAGUCUGGAAGGACUUUUCUUGCCACUACACAGAGCUCAUUGAAACCAUCCAGCAAAACCCAGGGAGAAGAGAAAGAUGCCCUGGAUCAGGAUCAACAAGACAAGGUUUGGAGAGAGUUUGUGGAAGCUGAAAGACGGGCAACAAAAUAUUGGUACCAGAACUGGAGUUUUCUAAAGGAUUAUGAUCCUAUGGGCAAGAAAAAGGAGCGUGAGCCACUCCCUGAAUACAUGUCACUAUUCUCAGACAAAAUUCCCAACACCACCAGCCAUAUGAUUGGCAGCAGAAUGAAUACUGACCUUGGUAAAACAUUGGUAAAAAUGGAUUUCUUCCUCAACUAUGGCAGAAGGAAAAAGAAACUUGGGCAGGAGCUCCAGACUUCCUAGAAUAAAAAAGCAAUCUUCUUGCUAAAAAGAA